AUGGCUGUGCUCGACGACGUCCCGGGCCUGGACGUGCAGAUUGCAGUAAACGGUGAAGUUCUCCGCGAACACCAGGACCGCGAUGCCAAGUUAUCUGAGAAGACCGUCGAGCGAUACGUUGAGGCUCAAUCCAACACGAACUUCGAGAUCCGAUAUGCGUUCAAGAAAGGCUUUCCGGCUGACAGACCUGUCUCCAUGAUCGUCACUAUCGAUGGCAAGGAUCUUGACGAGCCCAUCAUUCGUCCAUAUGAGUUGUUUGAAGCAAAAGGACACACGAGUCGCGGUCCGAUCUCCCAGCAGGGUGGGAAGUGGGUCGUCCAGCCGUAUUGCUUUGCACCCAUUGAUAUCAGAGAGUGCAGUACACCAGCUAUUUGCGACGUCCCCAAGACAAAACUGCAGACCGUUGGAAUCAUCACUUGCGGCUUCUACUUCCUCAAUAACCCUAAGCACAACACAAAGCUCCUUGGUGUGCACAAGAAGCUAGAUGUAUUGCCGCCUAUCAGCGAGAAGGCAAUCAAGGGAGAGGCUCUGUCUCAUCAAGCGAUCUUGGGCAAAACUGAGUGUACAGAGGAGGUGGAGUACUUCAACGCUGAUUACGCCGAUAAUGGAGAGCCUUUCGCAACAUUCCACUUCUACUAUCGCUCGCUCGCGGCACUGAAAGAUCUUCACAUCAUCGAGCGCACUCCCGACCCACUCGACCUUCUAGAAGGCGACGACACGCCAGUCGGUCAGAUGAACAGGGAGCAGCUCGAAGCCAUCGUUCGGCGUUUCAGGGAACGUGACGACACCCGACUGCGCAUGAAGCGCGAGCGCUCAUCCUCUGAGACUCUCGUCGGCGAUAGCGAUGAUAUUGGCGAUCGAUAUCAGCACAGCGAUCCGGAUCCAGACCUUCUCGAGCUUCGUGCGGUCGAUCUGAGAGCUGAGAGGAAGGCGAAGCGCGUGAGGCAAUUGCCGACGCCGGAGACGGAGGUCAUUGAGCUUGACGACUGA